AUGGGAUCGAAGUUCGCGUUACCAUACACGGAUAUGAAUGAGCUCCCUAUCUACCACCUGAUAGCGGACGUGGAGAACAUCAUUCAAACAAACAACGAGGAAGCGAUCCAGGAGCGCAACAGGUGCGCGGUUGCAAACCAAAUCCAGAAUUUUCUCCACGCAGAGAGGGGAAAAGGGAGACACGAUGCGGUGACCAAUUUCUACCGCACCACCACCAGAUCAACGAGAGCGUUUCUAAAGCAACACCCCGAACUGGUCAUUGCGGAGGCGGACAAGGGGAACAGAACAGUGGUGAUGAAACGGGACGAAUACGAGAGCAAAAUGCAACGCAUGAUCGACGAUGACGAAACGUACUUGAAGCUCAACCGAGAUCCAACGGCAGGGUACCAGAAACGCAACAACAAUUUCGCCAAGCGCCUGGCGGAUUUGAAGCUCAUCGAUCGUGCCACCGAAAGGAGGAUGAAAACCUACAAAGCGACAGCUCCCCGAAUAUACGGUGCACCAAAAGCACACAAGGAGGGACUACCACUGAGACCGGUGGUACCGUGCAUGACGUCACCGUCGUACACACUGUCACAGUUCGUAGGCAAAAUCAUCCAAAAAUCCAUCACCGGCAAGUACAAUGCGACGGACUCGUACACGUUCUGCGAGUACAUUAACAGCGUGCAACUGCCACCGGACUACGUCCUUAUUUCCUUGGACGUCGUGUCGUUGUUCACGUGUAUCCCCAAGAACCUGGUGAUACGUGACGUCAUCCACAACUGGGAAAACAUCAAGCAACACACCGACAUAAACUUAGACUUGUUCCUGGAGAUGACCGAGUUCUGCAUCGAUUGUAGCUACUUCCGGUUCAAGGGACAGUUCUAUCGACAAGUUUUCGGCACAGCGAUGGGUAAUCCGCUAUCACCCACCAUCGCGGAUCUAGUGAUGGAGGCAUUACUAGACAACGUCGUUGCGAGAAUCGAUUUCCCGUUCCCCGUGUUGAAGAAGUAUGUAGACGACCUGAUGCUGGCAGUCCCCAAGGACAAGAUCGAGGAGUGGAGGUUGAAGAAAACGGGAAAAUUCCCUUUUCUCGACCUGCUACUGGUUCGACAACCCGACCAAACGAUCAAAACCGAGUGGUACAUGAAGCCAAUCGCCUCAGGACGGUUUCUGAAUUACCACUCGGCGCACAGCAUCAAACAGAAGGUAAACGUGGCGAAAAAUUUCAUCCGCCGUGUCCAAACCUUCUCAACCAACGUCGAUACAGCCACAACACGUGACAUCAUCACCACCCAGCUCAAACUGAACGAUUACCCCACCACGAUGAUCAACCGCCUCAUCGAUCGAUCGAGAGAACGACAGGUUAACCCUACCAACGAAGACGUCACAGACAGCGAGGAAACGAUCUACCGUUCUAUGGUACAGGUUGGGCAGUUAUCGGGAAACAUUCAGAAAAUCUUGAAGAAAGACUACCCAAAUGUGACCAUUAGCUCAAAAAAUGCCAAAACCGUCGGUAACAUGCUGCCUCCGGUGAAAGACGUCGAGGAUAAAAACAGUAGAUCGAACGUGAUUUAUAAUAUCCCAUGCGCAGACUGUCCUGCGUGUUACGUAGGCAUGACGACGAACAAGCUGCAAACGAGGAUCUCUAGUCACCGCUCCUGUUCCAACCGGCUACAAAGCUUGUGGGACCAGGGCAAGACGACGGAGGACGUGGAGGUUGCACAGCUGCGAGAACGGACGGCGCUGCUAGACCAUUCGGCAGCCAACCAUCAUGUCUUCGCAUUCGAUCGUACACGAAUAGUGGAUUCUAGUUUUAAGCAACAGAACCUACACAUACUCGAAACAUGCCAUAUUGUAAACACACACAACACGGUCAACAAGCGCACAGAUACAGACAACCUCAGCAAUACGUAUGCCGGCGUACUGCACACACUGAGAAACAAUACACGAAGCGAGGCUGUCCGACAGACAGACGAAUCGUUACAACAAGAAUCAAUACAAUCAGAGUAAAAGUGGCGCCAAACAGGCAACUGCAUCGUAGUUCUGCGACCCGGAUCGUUUUCGGAAUUCCCCUCUACCGAACCACCGCCGCAGGCGGCAGACGAUACGUUCGUCUGGGACAAAUUUGGCCUAUGCUGUGGGCCUAUGUUACGAGAGAACGGAGCAUAGUUAGUGAGUAACAUACACAUAAAAUCAUAAACACAACAUAAGAAAAUCAUUGUCCACAGAAUCCUUGAGAAAGGCACAAUAUAGUGACCGAAACGUCGGAUGAAGACUUAACAAUCCGUUUUUGAGUUUUUCUUCCAAGACUGAAAGCCAUAACCUCAAAACAUAAGAUCAACAGUCGAUUCCUUAAGAAAAUCUCCAUACACCGAUAAACGCCUACACCGUGUCCAAUAAGUUCUCAUACAAAAUCAAAUUCUAUUCAUUUCACAUCUGUAAUUAGAAUUUUCAAAGUAAAUAUAUUUAUUGAAAGGCCAACUAACAUACACCAAAUACAGCAUAUGUUUCGGAACUAACUGUCCUUUAUCCUUCUCUGCUGAUCGCUUAUGUGUCGUAAGUCCAUUUCAGCUGGCACGCACGCCAUUCCAUUGGUAUUUCGUCGUAUUUUAACGAGUAAUGGUUUUAAGGUGAAACAAAUUAGAUUCCUGUCGUCCCCAUUGCUAGUAGCAACUAUGACCAGAAGAGACAAAAUAUGAGAUCCUGUAUUGGUAAUGUACGGAGCCGUUUAAUUUUGUACAAAAUAAAACGUAAAUUAAAUAAAAACGUCCAUUUAUCUGUAUCAAUGAGAUUUGUUGUGUUACAGAAGCAUGGGUGUAUCUUAUCCGGUUGCAUCACACAAUUCUCACUUGCUUGUAUUCCUAUUGUGGUAAAUUUUGUCCAAAAUUUACGUUUUUUGAUGUUUAUCUUUGAAAUCACGGUUAUUUUCAUGAAAAUCAGCCCAAGUUGAGCUUACUUGCAAAUUUUUUACCAUAUCAUCACUAAAACUGUAUUGUUUUAGCCUUAGUUUAUCCAUUUGAUACAUAACUUGGGAUACAAACUCAAAAUUUAUCCAUAUGGACUCUAUUUUGCUACCGUAGAAUGAAAAACUUUUCGAAUAUUUUUCUUGCGUGCCGGAGAAAACGGAUUUCAGAAAACGGAAGUGUACUGCUAGGCUUACAAAAACAAGUAGAAAAUAAUGUUAUUCUAAACCGUAUACUUUAUUUAUUCAGUAUUAUGCGGCCUUUCAAUACAUGUAUUCGUUUUGAAAAUAUGAAUCAC